CUGCCACAGAAUUCAGUUUAUACUUGGAGGCAGAUGGAAGAUCUUUUUCACAUCCAAUUCUACCGCAGUGAGCCAGAAGUGUCCAUGGCAGAUUUAUCUCGUCUGGUGCAGCGACCUGAAGAAACAUCUAAGGCCUUUCUGGCCAGAUUUCGGAAGGCCAGACUUAAGUGCAGAGUCGCCCUACCAGAACAGGAAUUUGUCAAGCUGGCACAAAAUGGUCUGGAUAUUGAGUUAAGGAAAAAGUUUGAGGGAAUGGAGUUUCGUGAUUUCUUUGAGUUGUCUUACAAGGUGGCUCGUUAUGAAAAUUUAUUGCGAGAGGACACACAAAGGAAAUCUACAUCUCAUGGGACUUAUUAUGGUGAUGCUAACUUUGAUCUGGACGUGGCAGAAGUGGUGGCAGACAAGCCAGUUGUUUGCCCAGAUUUGGUUAAAGUGGCCCAACAAACCGACAGAACAGAUAAAAUCGACAAGGGAAUUCUGCGUUUUCCAGAUAAGGCCAAAGAAACUAUAACUCAGACAUACUAUAAGCGCAGACUUGCAGCUGAUGAUCUGAGGUGGGUCAUUGAGGAGGCCAGGGCCCGUAGAAAUCAGGUUAGAUCAAGCUCAUACCGAAGGAGACAGCCUGGGGGGCACAACUCAACUCAACAGAAAAAUAAUGCAAACCAGGGAACUGCGAUAUCUAGACGCGUAGAAAAGCCCAGAAUGGUGAAACCACCACCUAGAUCUCUAAGCAAACGGUGGGAACGUGUGGUGCAUCCAAAAUUUCCUAAGGGUCAAAACCCAAGGACCUUGAGGAGGCGUUUACAACGGAAAAAGGCUAUAGAAAGACACCGACAGCAGAUUACAGACUCGGGGGGCAUGGCAGAUCAGGCUCAGCCGCUCCCAGCAAGAAGAAAAUCAGUGUGGGUCCAUAAAGAAAAAGGGAGCACAUCUGGUCAGAAUGCUCCAGAAAAAGAGGAACCACCCAAAAGUCCAACAUCGCCCCGAGUUCUGGCUGUGGAAUCCAAUGAAGAAACUGGUUUAAAGGCGAAGUUUGACGUGUCAGAUAAAGUGAAAAAUUCAUCAGAUGUAAUCUGUUUUGGUGAGUUUUCCGUGAAUCUAUCUUGUUUGGUGAUCACUCUUCCUUUGGUCUUUCAAGCAAGAGAGCAGUCAGAAUCUACAGUCUGUCACCAGACAUAUUUGACUAAGGAAGAAGAAGUCAUUAAGAUCCCAACUAAGAAAGAUGGUGGUAUGGAUUUAGCAGAUAAAAUCAUUUUCGAAAAACCAGAAGAGAGGAUGGCCAGACAUAUCAGGCCAUUAUACAUUCAUGCACAUUUGGAUGGUAUGCCGAUAAAUCGAGUUCUGGUGGAUAAUGGAGCAGCUAUCAAUGUUUUGCCAACUUGUAUUCUGCACAAAAUUGGCAAAUCUUUGGGUGAUUUAAUGGAGACGGAAGUGACAAUCAGUGACUUUACCGGGGGAGUAAAUCGCUCAAGGGGAAUUCUGCCAGUAGAGCUUACUGUUGAAAUAGAACUCUCAUGUGUGCGUUCUUUAUGGUUGACACCAUUGCCACUUAUAAUGCAUUGUUGGGGAGAGAUUAGAUACAUUCCAGCUGUGGAAGCCCAUUAUUAUGAUGAAGAUAUUGGAACUAUUCGUUUCUUUGGGAUGGACUGCUAUGGCAGACCUUCUGGAAUUACUGCUUGCACCAAAUCUACAAUGGAUAGACAGACUGUGAAGGAGAAAGAUCGAAUUAAGCACAAGAAAAAGGAGGCUGUGGAAGAAAUCAAGAGAAAAUUAGCAGCCUACCUUGCUGAAAAACAGAUCUGUGUAGACAGAUUUGAAGUAAUCUAUGAAGGUGAAGAGGAAGACUUGAAGGAUCAAAUAACUUUGGAGGAAUUAGAUUUGGCACCAGCAAAACUUGAUGAUCUGAAGGCAGAAGUACAAGAUCCCCUGGAGGAGGUAAAUCUGGGUACUGAGGCAGAUCCGAAAAUUACUUUUAUUAGCGGUUCUCUUGAGCCGUGUUUGCAUGAUAAAAUUAUCAAUAUUUUGCGUGAAUACAAAGACUGUUUUGCUUGGGACUAUUCUGAAAUGCCAGGUCUGGACAGAAAUCUGGUAGAGCACAAAUUACCAAUCAGAGAAGAUUUCAAGCCUUUUAAACAGCCGCCUAGACGAAUGUCACCAAAAGUCACCUUAAAAGUUAAAGAAGAAAUAGAGCGACUGUUGAAGGUUGGUUUCAUCAGAACUUCCAGAUAUGUGAAAUGGUUAUCUAAUGUGGUUCCUGUGGUUAAAAAGAAUGGCAAGCUGAGAAUCUGUGUAGACUUCAUAAAUCUGAAUCUGACAACACCAAAAGAUGAAUAUCCUAUGCCUAUUGCAGAUUUAUUGGUGGAUGGAGCAGCACGCCACCGAAUUCUGUCAUUGAUGGAUGGCCACAGUGGGUAUAACCAGAUUUUUAUAGCAGAAGAAGACAUUCCAAAUACCACUUUCCGCUGCCCAGGAGCUAUUGCUAUGCUAAAGGUUGCAAAAGCCUGCCAGAUUCAUGGACCACUGCAGAGAGUUCCAGCGUCAGAACUCCAUCCAAUUGUCAAACCAUGGCCAUUUCGAGGGUGGGCCAUAGAUUUGAUUGGUAAAGUUUAUCCUCCUUCAACUAGAGGGCAUUCAUUUAUUAUUGUUGCCACAAACUACUUUACCAAGUGGGUGGAAGCAAAGCCAAUGAAGAAGAUUGAUCAAACCGAUAUUAUUAAAUUUCUUAAGGAAGAAAUCAUUCACAGAUUCGGUUUACCAGAAACAGUGACUUCAGAUCAAGGGACAGUUUUUGUUGGUGCACAAGUUGAGGCGUUUGCAAAAGAAAUGGGAUUUAGGUUACUCACUUCAACCCCUCAUUAUGCUCAAGCCAAUGGUCAAGCUGAAGCUUCCAACAGAAUUGUGAUAAAUCUGCUAGAAAAAAUGGUUGAUGAUAAUCCAAGGUGUUGGCAUGAGCUGUUGUCUGACACAAUCUGGGCUUACAAAACUUCACAAAGGAGUUCUAUCAAGGUAACUCCAUUCUCUUUAACUUAUGGACAUGAUGCUGUUCUGCCCAUGGAGUUGUCUACUAGAUCAUUGCGUAUAGCAAUUCAACAUGGUCUCACUUCUGGAGAAUAUAAUGAAGCAAUGAUUCUAGAAUUAGAAGACCUUGAAGGCAUGAGAUUGACGGCCUUAGAUAGGCUGCAAACGUAGAAAUUAAAAGUGGCUCGAGCAUACAACAAACGGGUAAAAUCCAGAAGUCUAGCAGAAGGAGAUCUGGUAUGGAAAGUAAUUCUGCCACCUGGAAAAAAAGACCCCAGGUUUGGGAAAUGGUCUCCAAAUUGGGAAGGACCAUUUCGUAUACAUGAAGUGCUUAAAGGAGGAGCAUAUUGGCUUGAAUCAUUAAAUGGAGAGUUACAUCCUCGAAAAAUAAAUGGAAUCUACCUUA